CUCAUGUGUCCGGAAGUGGCGCUGCUGGAUCCUGCUUGUGUUGUGUGACAGAACCCCUCCGGAGCUGAGGAGGCUGAGGAGUUGUAGAAGUUCGGUCCGGCUGGUGUGACGGGGGCCGGCGGGGUUCGAUCCGGUUGAACCCCGGGACUGAAACAUGGGCCUCCUGGCGAGGAUCCGGAAGGAGUGGUUCAUCAUCGGGAUAGUUCUGGUCAUCUUAUCGGCCAAACUGCAGCCCAGCGUCGGUGUCAGAGGAGGUCCUCUGAAGCCAGAGAUCACGAUAGCGUACUUCGCCGUCUCGCUCAUCUUCUUCAACAGCGGCCUGUCGCUGAAAACAGAGGAGUUGACCAGCGCGUUGCUUCACGUUCGGCUCCACCUCUUCGUUCAGUCCUUCACGCUCGUCUUCUUCCCUCUGGCCGUCUGGCUGCUGCUCAGAGUGCUCGCACUGACCGCCAUCGACCAAUGGCUACUCAGAGGGUUACAGACGGUGAGCUGCAUGCCCCCUCCGGUCUCCUCCGCUGUUAUUCUCACCAAGGCUGUCGGAGGCAACGAGGCUGCUGCCAUCUUUAACUCGGCGUUUGGAAGCUUCCUGGGAAUCAUCGUGACUCCAGUGCUGCUGCUGCUGUUCCUCGGCUCCUCCUCCUCCGUUCCCUUCUCCUCCAUCUUCUCUCAGCUCUUCAUGACGGUGGUGGUUCCUCUCAUCCUGGGUCAGGUGUGUCGUGGUUUCCUCAGGGAGUGUCUGGAGCGGAGGAAGCCUCCGUUCGGCACCGUCAGCAGCGCCGUCCUCCUCAUGAUCAUCUACACCACCUUCUGCGACACCUUCAGCAACCCCAACAUCGAGCUGGACGCCACCAGCCUGCUGCUGGUCGUCCUCAUCAUUUUCUCCAUCCAGGUGAGCUUCAUGCUGCUCACGUUCGCCUUCUCUACCAGGUCGGGCUCAGGAUUCAGUCCUGCAGACACGGUCGCCAUCGUGUUCUGCUCCACACACAAGUCUCUCACUCUGGGUAUCCCCAUGUUGAAGAUCGUGUUCGAGGGCUAUGAGCAUCUCUCUCUGAUCUCAGUCCCUCUGCUGAUCUACCACCCGGCUCAGAUCCUGCUGGGAUCCAUACUGGUACCGACCAUCCGCACCUGGAUGACCAGCCGGCAGAAGUCUAGUCUGUUAUUGAGAUAGGGCCGCAUUCCAACUCUGCUGCCCUGAGCGGUGAAGCUGUCGACUCUUCAGCCCAUCUGACGAGCAUGAAAUAAGGAUUUUGGUGUUUCUGCACUAGCGUUUGAGUUUGUGCUGUGGUGGUGGACUGCGGUGGAGUGAUGCAGUAGAAUGUGCCUUUUAUUACAACCAAUGAACAGAGACCUCAGCCUGGUGGAGGCGUGCCUUCACCUCCAUAUAUCCUCCCUUUCUACCACAAGAAAAAAACUGAUAUUUCAGAUUUCCAUCGUAUAUAUUCUUUUAUAUUUAAAAGAAUCGAAAGUACAAGUUUUAUUUUUAUAUGAAGUAAAAAUAGGUCAGCUGUUCCUCUUUGUGAUCAAAGGAAACAGGAAGUGAGGAGUUACCGGGACCAGUCUUUUUUAAUUUUCUUGCUAUUUUCUACUUUUUUUACUCUCUCUCUUUCUUCCAGCUGUUACUGCCAGAGAGUGUGGACUUUUGUUACAUUUAUGUUCUCGAUAGAAACAAACAAAUGCUGGAUUAUCUGAUUUAUUAUACAGUGAUUAUGAGAACUGUUAUGAUUUUUGACCCUUCCUUGAUUUACAUUUGUUGAAACAGUCCUAUGGUGACACCUUUAAGAAGAUGGUAUCUUUCCUCAUGAUGGAGGUAAAACAUGGACGCUGAGGAAAGGAAGUUAAUUUAGCAGAUGGAUUAUUGUGGAUCUCUGCAGACUCUUUACGUCUCGCAUCUUGCUUUAUUUACUUAAUCUGUUUUCAUGUCUUUGUCUUGAUCAAACUCCUUUUCCAAAACAUUUGCCGUAUAACUUGGAUUCUGACCAGUUGUACUGCAAAAUGUUUAACUUGGAUUAACUUGUGAGGAAGCCAGAUUAUGGUCUUGGUGACUCGGUCUACGUAUACAUCUGUAUGCAGAUGACACCAUAUUGUAAGUCUGAGUGAUGCGGUGCGGUGUGACGGUCAUAUGAUACUGGUCACCAGCUAAAAUCUCACAGUAACCAGGCUAACAGCAGGUAUGGUUACCAUGGAUACCAUCUCUGUGUUAGCAUGCUAACAAACUAAAUGUGCUAAAUCUAGAAGCACCACAGCGACUGAAGGAAAAUGCCAACCGUUUCAGUGACGUGUGGUCGUAAAAGCAAAACUCUGUAGAUACAAACAUUUUGAACCAGAUGAUAGCGCUAUAUAACAAGUCAGGAGAUUCCAGGUGGUUUGGAAAGGAGCAGGCACUUUCAAAUAAAUCCUUGGCAGGUGAUAAGAACUAACAGUCAUUUGUAAACACCUAAACCACGCCCAUACUUGCCAGUAGUUCCUCAA